AUGGGGGAAAAAGAAGCUGAAGCACUGCCAACCCGUAAAGCUAAUAUUAGUUUGGAAAUUGACAUUGAUUAGCAGGCUGCUUUUGACAAUCUAAGCUCCCCUGAAUCUGUAGAAUUUAUCAACACGUUAGAACAGGAGCUUGCAGUUCUGUGCAAAGAAGCAGACUCACAAGCUUAUAAAACAGUAAAAGUCAUCAAAUUAUCAAAAGGAAGCGUUGUAGCAGAGAGCACUGUGCAGUACAACUACAAAACACAAAUAUAAUUUCUCAACACACAGUUUGAUCAUGUGUUGACUGAUGUCUUCAAUGACACAAAUAACCUCCAGAGGAUAUCUGUGGCCGUUGGCAAUAAAGGUGUGCUGUUAAAUGAAGUCACUUUCUAACCACCGGACAUCACAGGUAUUAUGGACCUGCAGCCUUUUAUUAAUUGCUCCCACUUUGCCAAUUACACUGCUGGGAUUAGUAAUGGUCAAUGGGUGUGUGUUGAACCCUAAAACCCUGAUUACUGCCAUCAGCAUGGAGACUGCUUCAAUGACAUCUAUGAUGGGCCUGUGUGCAAGUGCUAUGAAAGCAGCCUGGAGCAGUAUUAUGUACGCUGUAUACGCUGAGAGCUUUUCCCGACACUGUUUGGAUCACUGACAGUUGCAAUUCUGCUCUUGAUUGUCAUCGUCAUUGCUGUCAUCAUCAAAGGAGACGUGUUUCUUGCCAUAGUCACCGCCCACGCUAUCCCUGAGCAGCUCAUCGGAGUGAAGCAGGUGAAAGGGCUUGCAGGCUAG